AUGGUGCAGGAUUUGGAAUUGAUCCAAGAACAACAGGGCAACAGCAGCAGCCAUGGAAGUUGGGACCCACCUCUACAUAAUAAAAGUGUUGAUUCAACGAAUAGAAGGGAAAGCAAAAGCAAAAGCCAUGAUGGAUGUUUGGACAUGAACAUGUAUUUGGAGCUUGAGAAGAAUGAGCAGAUCAUGUUUGAUAGAACCCUGAUCCAAAUUAUAGGCGAUCAAUUACCAUGGCAAGUGAAAAGUGCUAUUUUGUCAACUUUGACCAUCAUAAUAGAAAAAGGUGGGAUGGCACUUAAACCUUUUCUCCUACAGCCACAAACAACCUUUGUCAAAUUCUUGCAGGACAACCCAAGGAGUGUUCAUUCAAGUGCUGCUCUUGCACUUGGUAAGCUUAGUGCACUAAGCACAAGAGUUGAUCCCCUAGUUGGGGGUCUUCUAUCUAACCUACAUGCAUCAGAAGGUGGGGUCCGUGAGGCAAUAUUGGUGGCCCUAAAAGGUGUUGUCAAGCAUGUUGGAAAGAGUGUUAGUGGUCCCGCUAAGACACAUGUUUUUGAUCUCUCAAACGAGUUGAUCUACAACGAUGAUGACCAAAUACAAAGCUCUUCAACAAGAAUUCUAGGCAUCAUAUCAGAGGUUUAG